GUAUUUAAAUGAUUUUGCACCAUUCAAGCUCUCAGAGAGGGUUCAAAACACUUAUUUUUCCUCAUUUAACGGCUUCUGGUGUCAUUUUAUGUCAGUUUUUCUUUCUUUGCCACAACGAAACAAUAAAGCACUGUAGUCUUUGACCUUUCCGUCUUAUGUUGAGUCUUGUGAUGAGCCUCCACAGAAGGACAAACCAGGAACAAAGCCAUAAGCUCGCUUGGAGUUUUGAAUGAAUCAUUUUUAAAGCAGUUUAUUGAAUGGUUCGCGAAUCCCUCAUAGACUAUACGGUAACGUACUGAAACUGUAAUUCUAAACCAAAUAAGUACUAGAAUGACUGGAAUGACUCGUUUUAAACGAGCCGUCUGAACGAAUCGAUUCUGCAAAUGAAUCGAACGCUGUUCUCCGAGCAUCAUGGGUGUAGUUUCGGGUUGUGUGGCGAUAUGGAGGGUGUUGAUACGUGGAGAACUUCACUCAUGGCUUUCAGUGAGUGUCCAAAGAGGACUUUCCGUCUUUCUUUUGUGUGUUCUGUUGUUUCACGUCCUGAAGAAGUUUGAAGACUUCGAACAGAAGAGCUGAAGAAGUGAAGGAGUCAUGGACGGAGUUUGGGGUGUUAUUCUCAUUUCUCUGGCUAUGUUCGUGGGCUGUCUCGUGCUCGGGAUUAUUCCACUGUUGUUAAAUUUAUCAGAGCAAAAACUGCAGCUGAUCACUGUGCUGGGGGCGGGGCUUCUAUGUGGCACCGCUCUGUCAAUCAUCAUCCCUGAGGGGGUGGAGCUUGUGCAGGAGUCAUGGAAAGACUGGUAUUGCUCCUCUGUGAGACAGAGUCCAAAUAUCUCUGAAUCCAAUUCAACACUUCUUCCGGCGGGGGAGAAAACCCUGCGUCCUCACUUCUUCAUAGGAGUGUCUCUCGUCAUGGGCUUUGUGCUCAUGUUUGUGGUGGACCAGAUUGCCAACUGCUGCUCCUAUCACGAAUCUCAGGUGCGCAUGUCUGGUCGCUACAGUGUCACCGCCACGCUGGGUUUAGUUAUUCACGCUGCCGCUGAUGGAGUGGCUCUGGGGGCGGCUGCCGGCUCCUCGCAGGUGUCUGUUCAGGUGCUCGUGUUUUUCGCUGUCAUUUUGCACAAGGCUCCAGCAGCGUUCGGUCUGGUGUCUUUCCUCAUGCACGCUGGUCUGGAGAGGAAGACCAUUCAGAAGCAUUUACUGGUGUUCUCUGCUGCCGCGCCCCUGCUGGCCAUCGGCACUUACUUCAUCUUGAGCGCGAGUAACAGCUCCUCUCAGAACCGCUUGAGUGCCACAGGAAUCGGGAUGCUGUUUUCAGCCGGAACGUUCUUGUAUGUGGCCACAGUUCAUGUUUUACCUGAAAUCAGCCGCAGAGGGCAGCAGCGCUCCUCUCAUCUUCAUCAUCACACAGAAACAGCAGGACACCAGCAGCGUGGACUGGGAGUAAUGGAGAGUCUCACUCUUAUACUGGGAACUGCAUUACCUGUGCUGCUGGCUCUCGGCCUGCCAGAGGAUUGAUUCAUCCAUUACGCUUGAACCAUUUUUGUUGUUCAUUACAAGUUUUAUGUUUGGCCAAGUUGUCAACCAAAAUAUGAAAGUUUUAUGUACAUUUGUUUUAUUUGCUGACAAAAUAUUCAUCACUCCAAAACUAAACAAACAACCAAAAAUGGUCUGUGGUGAUAUCAUUGUACCACGAUCGUAUCCUUUGGUAAUACCAUGAUACUGAAUAAUUUAUUUAUUUACUAUUGUAUCCAGAUAUGGUACUUCAAAGAAUGCCAUUGUGUUGUUAUUAGGUACUGUAAUAACAUCAUAAAUAGGUGCAUUUCCCAAAAUAUCAUGAUGUUAUUGUACAGAUUUUCUGUCAAUGAAGUAUUUUAAGUUAGAAAUGUUUAUGUGCUUUGGACUUCCUGUUAUAGGGGCUGGAAACAGCUUGUGUAUUUUUGGGCCGUGUGCACAUUCAAAGAUUUCCUGUUAGACAGCAGAGUUUAACAGUGAUGUCAGCGAUAUUUACAUGGGACACAGAGCACCUGGGUCAAGUGUGUGUUCGGCAUGGCUGUGAUGAACGUUUCUUUUAGAUUUCCUCUAUCGGGAACGCACACAUCUGGAACACAUCCAGUCUGGUAUUGUACUAUCAGUUAUUUUAUUGCCGCAAAUCUUAAGCGAAAAAGUCUCUUGUUGUAAACGUUUGUAUUGAAUCAAGAAUGGCCUAAUAUUUGUAUCUGGCAACAGCAACAAAUGUUUAUUUUGAGAAUUUCAAUACAUGUGGAUUAAAAUGUCGCAACAACUCAUGAAUUCAUCAUGUGUCAAAAUAAAUAUAAAAGCUGC